CAUAAUAAAUUUGACUAGUUAACAGAUGACAAUGAGACAAAUAUGUUACAUGAGGUAUUAUCUUUCUCCAUUAUCGGAGUAAUGCCAACCUGAGUCUUAAAUCUGGUUCCCUGCUUUACCCGAGCGCGAAAAAUCUGUUUCAAAACUGAACUGAAUGGUUUACCCGUUCGUUUACAAUGACGUUUAUUCAGAAAAGGAAAACAACUCGGUACCUAACGGCAGCCGAACCCGGAUACCGCUUGGAAGUUCAGCCGGCUGGGCUUGUGGCGAGAAGCGAGGAUUCUUAUUUUUGCAAGGCUCGAUAAUUUGAAAGUGACAAAUGUAAAUAAGGAUGAGUGAAAUUGUGACUUGCCUGAAAGCGUAAAUGAAAAAAGCGGACGCAAGUCGAAUUUUCGCGAAAAAGCAAAUUUCUAAGCCGGCUAACGAAAGUCGAACCCACAACGUUUUUCAUACCGAUUUGACACUAGCCUCUGACAACACAAACUUAAGUCCUCAACUAUUGUAGUUUCUCGCGUGCCAGAUGCCAUGCUAACUGUAACGCUCGGUAACGCCAGAGUGUCUGUAAAUAAUUUAAGGUGGCAAUGUGACAUGGCGUAUUGACAGUUAAUAAGUGAAGAGACAUUUGUAAUAAUAUAACGCGACGUGAAAAAUCAACAAAAUCGCAGUUACAUCGACCAAGGCACUCAGGAAGGCACUGCCGUAAAGAACUAGUUCCAACUCAAGAUGAAGCUUCUUUUGUUUGUGGUUUUGCUGUCAUAUGUCCAUGCCGCCAAAGGAGCAAGAAACCCAUGUUCGUCAUACAAAGAGCUGAAUGAGGCUGACAGAGAAAGGCGAUUCACCCAAGAUCUUGGGAAAAGCGACGCGGAUGAUCUACGCGCGGGGAAGUGGUACCGUUUUACCGGAAGGGCAGGAUUUAAAUUGUCAAACAGGUUAAAAAGAACUGCCUGUAAACCUGGACCAGCGUGUGGGGCCAGUUAUCCUGGUUUUAUGAUUGGUGGUAAUCCGAAGAGAAUAGGAAAGAAUGCCAGAAGAAAGAAAGUGUGUUUCACUGAAGGCGAUAACUGCUGCGCAAAAUAUGUCUACGUCAAGGUUAAAAGGUGUGCGGGUAACUUCUUAGUGUAUCAGUUGCCCGCGCCGCCUUCUGGGAGUUACCGCUACUGUGGCCAAAAACAAAGAGGAAAGCCAACCCAAGCUCCACCCACCACUCCCGCUGUGAAAACCGGUGAAGACAAGCAGCACCCUGGCAACUCGUGCAAAGUUGUAAAAGACGAAAAUCCUCAAGGUGGUUCAGGGGUGUACUGGAUAAACCCAGCAGGAAAGACUUUCAGGGCUUACUGUGAUCAAGAGACUGACGGCGGAGGGUGGACACUGGUUUACAGUUAUACCUUCACAAACUAUCCGAAAUUUUUGGAUGGAAGUAACGCUGUCACACCACGCCCCUCAUGGCCGGCUAACGGGGACGUUCCCUUGUCAAAGAAAACUCCCUUACGUGAGACGCAGUUGGGUGCCAUGAACUUCGAUUUGUGGAAACAAAUUGGACAGGAAUUCAUGGUCAAGUCUAACAUCAAUCAUUGGAUCACAUGUAAGGAAGGAACUGGAAGCUUAGUGGACUGCAGAGCUGGGACCUUGGAUUGCCAAGUAGUCAAGAAUAUCGCCCCUACCUGCCACAAUGUUGCCCCUGACGAGAUACGCAUCCUAACUAAAGAAUCGUCGGAAGAUUUCGGACCUCAUCUCUACUAUUCAAAGAGUUCUACCUAUUUGAAGACCUACUACUACUGGGAGAGCUCGACCAAGUCCCCCAACUGGCCCACGCAUGACCCUUGUGGCCAAAACGGCCUGUCACAUGUCAAAGAUGUAAUGAAUCCCCGUGGCAACAUUUUCAUUCGUUAGGUAUUCCCCGUCGGAAUUGUGAGAAGGUGUUUUUGCAAUAAUGAAUAACUAAGUCGUAUAAUGUAGUAGGGGAUUACUUCUCAGGGAUGUUCGCAAAAAAUGGAAUGGUACUUAACUGUAAACAGAAGCUGCAUAUUAAAUAAACUAGAAUAACAAAACAACUACAGCCUUGGUUUUAACGAUUUCUUGUAUUUAUUUCGCGCUGUUCUAUAACCUCUGUGACAAUCAAAACUGCUCGUUCAUAUUAUCAGGGGUGCUAUACACACCCUUGAAAUCUCACUUUUGGAUUGUUACAACUGUUCUAGUCUGGAUCAGUUUACGGUAUAGCUCAGAACUGAAUAGGCAAAGUUUUAAUUAUCUGUCCGGCUUUUAACUGAUUGCUGAGAUCUCGGACCUAUUAAUGUACUGAUAGCCUAGAGAUGAGCUGAAAUUUUUACUAAUGAAUGGGAUGCAAGCAUUGAUAUCUAGGUCCUUUUGUCAAGAGAAACUCUUUCAUUUAUUCCUACCAAACACCUUGACAGUUGAGUAGCUAAAUUA